AUGGAAUACCUCAAGCUCGCCGCUCACCUCAACACCUGUGCCAAUCAGCUCUUGCUGACUGGAGAUGCCUCCCAGGCGUUUGGGCACUACCGCACUGCAAUCCGACUCUUGUCACAAUGCCAACAAGUAACCUCCGAUCAAGAAAAUGACAACGACGACCGUGCACGCCACGCCAUCGUCGGUCAAGUGUCCUUGGCAAGACGAUGCCUUACCGAGCAAGACAUGAUGGAAAAGGAAUGCUUUGCCAGUCCAGUCUUUGAGUUUGCCUACCACGGCAAUGACAAAGAACAAGAUCAAGAUCAAGAACUCACCUUGAACAUGUUGGCUUACUAUUCGGCUGUCCUCAUUUACAACUGCGCCGUUUGCCUGCACAAACGAGGUGGCUGGUCGGCCUUGCAAAAGGCCAACACUCUCUACAACCAGUGCAUUGAACUGGUGCAGCCCCUCAUCACGGAGCCGUCCACUGCCACUUCCUGCCACCACUACGAAUUGAUGGCAUGUGUCCUCAGAAAUCAAGCCAACAUCUUUUACCAGUUGAACGACUUUUCAAAUGUCAAAUAUCUCAUGGACAAGGUCUUCUUGUUGCAACAACAAGAACGCAUGAUGAAGUCAGCACAAUCCAGUGCCAAUGCCUUUGCACCCGAGGCCUAA